AUGGAGUGCAAGGCGGCGAGGGAGCCGUCCUCGUCCGCCCCCUCUUCUUCCAUGGACAGCUGUGGCGCCGGCGGGCCGCGGGCGACGGUCUCCACGGCGUCGUCCUUCUACCGGCCGGCGAUCGACAGGGGCCUAAGCACGGACCUUCACCUCGGGCUCAGCCUGCGGUCGUGCUCCUCCUCCUUCCACGCAGCUGACGGCGUCUCCGCUUCCACUCCAAGGUCUCUGCAGGCUCGUGAUUUUAUCUCAGAAAUUAAACUUCUUGUUCAUCAUUUUGCAUCGGUCGAUCUCUGGCUCUCUGCACAUAAACCGACGCAUCCAACCUGCCGUCUUCUUAGGAGCGCCCUGACAACAACGGCGGGUCCGGCGUAUGAGACAGGCGGCGGCGGCGGCAGCCAUGGGCAGCAGUUGCUGUUUGUGAAGGUGUACAUGGAGGGCGUCCCCAUCGGCCGGAAGCUGGAUCUGCUGCUGCUGGACGGCUACGACGACCUCCUCGCUAUCCUAGGCCGCAUGUUCAAGGCCUCCAUCAUACAUCCGGAUACUAUCGGCCGUGAUCACCGAGUGGUUCUUGGGGAGAAGCAGGCUCGCCAUGUUGUCACUUAUCAAGACCAGGAGGGGGACUGGUUGAUGGCCGGCGACCUGCCGUGGGCGCUAUUCCUGGCGAGUGUGAAGAAAUUGAAGAUUGCAAGGGUGGAUAGUAGCAUCUCGGAUUGA